AUGACAAAAAUAGGAAGAAUUCUGAAUAAUGCAAUUAUUGGAAUAUAAGGAGUAUAUGCAAUAAUUUAAUUUAAGGGUUUAAUAUAAUAUGAAACUACACAUACAAAGGAAUUUACUCCUAUGAAGUUUUGA